AUGUUUCAGCCAACAUGGUCCCAGGACGCGUCCGCACAUCCAUCCCCCGACCUCAGCCUCGAGGCUCAAAUGGCGCACGAUGCUCAGAAUCGCCCCGCUUCCCACGCAUCCAUGACCUACGACGCUUCUCCCGCAGCCUAUCCAUCCUCCGCCGACAACAGCUCCGACGUCUAUCCUGGCGCGUCCGCCAGUAGAUCCAACGGAGCCCCAGGCUCGGCAACGGCGCCGUUCGCGUUCGGCAUGCAGCAACAGCAGCUCCACCAGUCACAUUUGCCGCAGAACCAGCAUCAACAUUUGCAUCCCUCGCAGCAGCAACAGCAACAUCAACCACAACAACAACACCGCGACAUGACACAUCAGCCACAGCCUCACGACCAAAGUCACCAACAGCACCAGCACCAACAACAGCUCUCCCUCUCGCAACAGUCCCGGCAUUCACAUCAUUCAUCUCAGCCACCGCACGAGAUGCAACAACCACCUUCCCACGCCGUCAAUGCCAUCACCGCCAACACGCCAGAGCGCGCAGCCGAUGCGCACUCCGGCCCACCACUCUUCCUCGACGGCUCCGCAGUCGCCAUGCACGGCUCCGGCUUUCAUCUCGAUCACCAACAUGCUGGCGGCCAGGCCCAACCUUUUGCUCCGGGCUUGGAUCAAGGUGCGAUGCACCCAUCUUCGCAGACGUCUCACAACAGCUCCCAGUUUCUCAUGCAGCAGCAGGACCACUACCCCUCCCGGCCUCCCAGCGGCUCCGAGCAGGGCUGGUCAGAUCCCAUGCGUCCCUCGGACGCAAGCCAGCCAGAAGCCUCCAACUCCAGCGUCUCUCCGGGCUUGCAGAGGGCUGCGCGUCCAGCCGCGCUCAAGAUCGACAUGUCUUCCGUCCCUUCGAGCGCAUACAUGGAAGCGUCGCAGUCUGGCCUGCACCUCCCUCAGGUCGCGGAUCCGACUUCGGCCGGCACCGGCCACGCCUCCACCCCGCAGGCGCUCCAGACCCGUUUUGCGCCCCUGCCCCAGUUCGACUCUGCCUCUUUCCACGGCCAGGACCCCAUGCAGCAGCACCAGGCCGACCUCGCCAGAGAUGCAUCGCUCGACGAGGCUUCCGGCCAGACUGCCGCCCCUGGUCUCAUGCCUGCCUUUGGCACCGAGUCCAGCUAUCUCAAUCAAGGCGCCUCCGCGCGCUCGCCGUCUUCGGCUGCACAGCACGCUGCCGCCUACAUGUCCAACCGACCGCAGCCGGCUCAGGCAGAGAGCGUCGUUGGUCUAGCCAGUGUGCCCGACAGGCUGGGGCCAGCUUCUGCUCAUCUCGGCGUUCCUGCAUCGCCCAGCUCGCCCGUGGUGUCGCAACUCACAGGCGGCCACUACAGUCCGAGCUCGACACUCUCCGGCGCUUUCUCCUCCCGGCCUGGCAGUCGUCCAGCAAGUCGCGGUCUCAAGUCGGUCGCCAGCUUCACCUCCUCGGCUGGCACGGGCACUGCAUCCGGUAGCGACGCUCAGGCAUCCUUUGCCAACCGGCCUCGAUCCAGCUCGGGUAGCGGCGUGGCCGUGCGACCAGUCUCGGCAUUGACGCGCACCACCAGCAUGCAGAGCGAGAUAGCCUCGUACAAUACCGGCACCGGCUCGCCGCUCUUUGGACUCUCGCAGAGUCGUAGCGUGCAGAACCUCGGCCAAAUGCAGAGCCCGGCCAUGUCGGCGCACCUCUCCAGUCCGCGCCAUCCUGCCGGACCGUCGGCCAUGGAGCCGUGGAGCCCCGUGCAACCUCAGAUGGCCCAAUCGCAGAGCUUCCGAGCGCCUUACUCGGGGCCCGGCUUCCAGACGCCGCAGAUGCAGCAGUUCAGCCCGACGCUCACCUCGCCUGCUCAAUCCCAAUACUCGCCACAGGCCCACUUUGGCUCGCAUGCGUCGGCGAUGAUGCCCUUCUUCUCUCCGUCGAUCGAGACGACGCAGCAUUUCAGCUCGUCCGGCAGUCUCACCUCGGACGGAUUCGACAUGGCCGGCUUCAACGAACAGCGGCUCUCGUCGGCGCUCGCCAACAGUGCAUCCAUCAGCUCUGGCCCUCCGACAGCAUCACACCAGCGCGAGGGUCACAGCACUCCCACCAUCGUAGAGGAGGAGGAAGAUGUCUCGUUCGGUGCCGAUGGCCGUCCUAGCUUGAUGUCGAGACAGGCGCAGGACGGCAUGCACAUCGACGCUCCCUUCCAUGCGCAACAACAACACCACCACCACCAUCAGCAGCAGCAGCUCUCCCAGCACUUGCACCAGCACCAGCCUCAGCACCACCAGCACUUGGCCGGUCAACCACCGCUCGUCCUGCAGCGCAGCCAUCCAGAUCAGGUGCAGCCACUGCCCAUGGAUACGCCGCCGCACUUCCGAAGCCAGAUGCCCUUCCCUCCCAACAUGCGUCCCAGCCUCUACCAGCAAGUCUCGAUGGCCGAGAUGAACCGUCUGCGCCAGAUCCACGGCCUAGGCGUCACCGAGCGCAACUUUGGCGACUGUUCGGCCUUCAUCGAAGACUAUAUCCGCCAAUACAUCUCGACGCCCAGUCGUCUGGGUCUGGGUGAGCGCAACGUGCUCAUCAUGACCACGCGCGUCGCUCAAAAGAGCUACGGUGCCGAGAAGCGCUUCCUGUGCCCGCCGCCUCUGGUGAUCCUGAUCGGAAGCAGCUGGUGGAACGCCUGCCCCGCGCCUGCAAAGCCGUUUUCCCAAGCAGGUCCCAUGGAUGUCGAUCAGACCCCGACGGUGCUCUCGCCUCCGCGCGUUACGAUCAACAUCAGCGGCGAACCGGGUAUUCAGGACGGCGCCCUCGAGUGGGCCUCGAGCAGCGGUCGUCUCAUCGACGUGGGCAACCCGUCUUCAGAGAUGGCCAUCUCCGGCCGAUGCAUUGGCAAGCAGCUCUACAUAUCGGACGUGGACGAAAAGAGACGCCACGUAGAGGCGCUCGUCUCGAUCUCGGUGCCUGGCUCCUCGCCCAUGGAUCGACGUUUGCUGGGCACCUUCCCCAGCCGCCCGAUCAAGGUGAUUAGCAAGCCCAGCAAGAAGCGACAGUCGUCUCGCAACACGGAGCUCUGCGUCAACCACGGCUCCGUCAUCUCGCUCUUCCACCGCCUGCGCUCCCAGACGGUCUCGACUCGAUACCUGUGCGUCUCAGGCGCGCCGUCGUGGUUCAAGGGUUCGGACAACCAGCCGUUUCUCAACAUGAAUCCGCGAGAUCAGAAAGGUCAAGAGCCUCCGAGCUGCUUCGUCGCCAAGAUGUCGAGCUGGGAUCCGUUUGUCAUCUACUUGGUCGAUCCAAACCAAAGGGCCGAUGCGACGCCGUCGGAGCCACUUCAGCCUCCCGUCAAGGGCUACCCGCCGCCGCCGCCGAACGCGCUUCCUACAGUGGGGCUGACGAGCUCGCAGAUGACGAUCCACUACAACCAGCCGAUCGUGCUACAGUGCCUCAACACGGCGGUUGUGAGCCCAGUGAUGGUGGUGCGCAAGGUGGAGAAGGGUACGACGGUGCUAGGCGGUGCGUCUGCCGGACCGACCGAGUCGAUCUCGCGCGAGGCCUUUGGCGAUCCCGUGUCUCAGCUGCACAAGAUUGCGCUUGAAGUGCUCGAAGAUCCAUCGGCGUCGGUGCCGCGGCCGAUGGACGAGUCUGGCGAGUCCAUGUCGCCGGGUCAGAGCGGGCCGUUCUUGGCGUGCCUGAACGAGUCGGUGGGCAUGCAUCGUCCCAGCGAGCCGCGCAAGUGGAUGGGCAACAGUGGCUACAGCGUACCUUCGACGCCGACGACGCCGGUGACAUCGAUGAACCUGGCGGCCAUGGACGCAGGCGAGCCGGUCUCUGGAAGCUUCCUUCCGACGAGCCCGACGUCGGCUGCUGCCUAUGCUGCUGCCCAGACUCGCUUUUCGUUGGGCGCGAGCCGGGCUGGCAGCAUGAUGUCGCCGUCGACGUCAUCGCAAGACGCCUCCGGCAGCAUGGAACCACCGCCAUCGUCGGACGGAGGCAAAGUGAAGCGGCCGCGACGUGUGUCGUCUUCGGUGGUGGUGCAGAAGGAGCGCGCGGCGGCUGCCGCGGCUGCGAGCAAGAACCGCCGACGCGGACAGUCGCUAUCGGUGGUGGGUAUGCAGAACCAGGGGCUUUCGGACGUCGAGAUCCUGCGUCGCACGGGUUCCUACACGAACUCGAUGACGUCGGACUCGUCGGUGGCGAGCAUCGCACCCGGGGCGAUGUGGUCGGUGGAGGUGGCCGACUCGGACAUCUGGACGGUGGUGGGCACCGACAUCGCGCGCCACUCGUUCUACGUGCCGCCGCAGAUCGUCGGGGGCUCGCAGCCGCAGACGUCGAUCACGGACAGCAACAUUGCGCAUCUGAUCACGGUGCCUGCGCCUGCGCAGCCCAUCACGCCGAUUCCGAUCAUCACCAACGUCGUGGCGCCCUCUCGCGAUAGCCGCUCGGCGGCCAUGGCUGCAGCGGGAGGCGCGGGCGACCAGAGUCCCGGGCUGGUGACCAUCCUGGGCGAGAACUUCCACCCGAACCUGUUCAUCUUCUUUGGCGACUGGAAGAGCACGCAUGUGGAAGUGCGCACGCGGCAAACGAUCGUGUGCGCGGCGCCGCCAGCCUUCGAUUCGGGUCUGCCUCGUGGGCGCGUGCCCAUCUUGGUGGUGCGCCAUGACGGCGUCAUCUUCCCCACCGACUUCCACUACCAGUGCUGA